GCUCCAUGCAGAGCUGAAACAGGUGCUGAGCCAGAAGAGAAGUCAUCUGAGAGAGUCGACCUGCCAACUGGCCCAACCAGAGAUGGACUCAGAGGCCACAGACGAGCAGACAAGUGGGGAGGAAGCCUCUAUCCCAGUGGAAAUCGUGGUGGAAACAGAGGCGGAGGCUGGGGCCAGCGGCUACAGUGUGACUGGUGGAGGAGAGCGAGGGAUCUUUGUCAAGGAUGUCCUCAAAGACUCUCCAGCUGCUAAACAUCUCAGUCUACAGCAAGGUGACCAGCUGCUAAGUGCCAAGGUCUACUUCGACAACGUGAAAUAUGAAGACGCUCUGAAAAUCCUUCAGUGUGCGGAGCCAUAUAAAGUCAGCUUCCAGCUGAAGAGGACCAUCCCUGGAGCUGAGGUCAGCGUGAGGCCUCGAGUUCCCAGUUUGGAGGUCAAAGGACCCAAAGCCAAGAUGGCCAAAAUGAGUGUGAAAGGCACCAAGCCAUUCAAGGCCAAGAAGAAGAGAGGCGGCCGCUUUGGACUGAAGAGGCUGAAAGAGAAGCGCAGAGAGGAGCUUGUGAUAGAGGGAACACCCCCGAGGCUGGAGAUGAGUGACGUGGAUGUGGAGUUUUCUCUUCCCAAAUUCAAACAGAGGAGGAGCGCAAAAGUCGAAGCAGAAGGAGCCGGAGCAGCAGUGAAAGCAAAGAGGAGGAUCAGGUUUCCCCACAUGAAAGCAAAGAGUUACACUGGAGCAGAGACAGGAGGAAAAGUGGAAACUGGACAACUCGAGGGACAGGUGAAUAUCUCUCCAUCUGAGAUACCUGGAGCUAAAGUGAAAACCAAAGGAAAAGGACACAAGUUUGGACUCAACUUUCCUAAGACCAAACACACAAAGUCCGGCUCGGGUUUGGAAACUGGAUCUUUGGAGCUGAAGCCGCCAGAUGUGCACAUCCAGCCACCAUCAGUGGAGUUCAGUUUGUCUGGUGAUAAAAGCAGCAAUAUGGAUGUGGAGAAGGGAGGAGCUAAGUUUAAUGCACCUGAUGUGGAGUUUUCAAUCCCUUCUGGAAAAGGUGAGGCAUCUUUGCCAGCUGUGAAGGGAAAGGCAGAAAUCAAAGCUCCUAAAAUUGAAGUCAAAGGAGGGGUUGAUGCAGAGGCAGCUGGGGGAAAAGUUGAUGUAGAUGUAGGCAAAGGAGAUGCAAAGCUCAGAAUGCCAAAGUUGAAACUACCCAAAGUUAGACUCUCGUGUCAUUCAGAUGAGAUAGAUGGUGGCAUCAAGGUAAAAACAGAAGGGAUAACAAUGCCUGACAGUGACAUAACACCUCCAAAAGUAGAAAUCAAAGGAGGUGGUGAUAUUGGUGUCCCUGAAGCACAUUUUACCAAACCAAAGAUGGAAGGAGAUCUCUCAGGAAAUGUUGCAUCUAUUAAAAUGCCUUCUGUUGACAUUUCUUUACCAAACAUGAAGGGAAAGUCUGACAUAGACGUCUCACUCCCAGAGUAUGAAGCAGCUGGGAAGACAGCAAUUAAAAUGCCUGGCGUUGACCUCUCUGUGCCUGGCGUUGAUUUAGAGCUGGACACUGGACGGAGAAUCCCUGAUGAGGUGGAAGGCACUUUUAAAGGGCCCAAAAUCUCUAUGCCAAAAGUUGAUAUCACGUUACCAAAGAUGGGAUCACCAGAUGUGAAUAUUGAAGAUCCAGAGGGUGGAGGGAAAUUCAGUCUACCGUCUGUUGACAUCUCUCUUCCGAAGGUGGAAACUGGGGACGUUGAUGUGGAUAUGGACUAUUACGUUGGCGGAGAUGGGAAGUUCAAGAUGCCUGAUUUUGACAUAUCUCUCCCAAAAAUUAAGUCACCAGAGGGAGAAGUACAUAUUAAAGGACAAGAGGUUGAAGGGGGUUUCAAGCUUCCCAAAGUAGACCUGACCCUUCCCAAAGGCAAAGCAGCAACAACUGAGAUGGACGUCGACAUUGAAGGCCCUGGAGUGAAAGGUGGUAAAUUUGAAAUGCCCACACUUGACAUUUCUCUGCCCAAAGGUAAAAUGGAAGGAGACAUUGAAGUAGAAGGGCAUGCUGUGAAGGGAGGAAAAUUCAAAAUGCCUACCUUUGAUGUUUCUUUACCAAAGCUGAAACAACCAGGGGCUCACGCGAACAUAGAAGGUCCAGAAUUUGAGGGUGGAGGUGAGAUGCAGAUGCCCUCUGCUGAUAUAUCUUUGUCAAAAGGAAAGAUAGAGGGAGACAUUGAAAUAGAGGGUCCAUCUUUAAAAGGACAGAAGUUCAAAAUGCCCUCAUUUGAUGUCAGACUCCCUAAGAUAGGGACAUCUGGGACUGAGGUGGACUUACAAGGUCCAGAGAUUAAGGGAGGGAAAGUUGAGGUGCCAUCAGUAGACAUUUCUCUACCAAAAGGUAAAUCCAAGGGUGAGGUUGACAUCAAGGGAAAAGGAGGCAAGUUUAAAAUGCCUUCAUAUAGUAUAUCUCUUCCAAAAAUGAAAUCACCUGAGGGAGGUGUUGUUCUGGAGGGACCUGAAAUCAAAGGUGGAGAGAUCAAAAUGCCUUCUGUCGAUCUCUCUGUUCCCCAAGGAAAAAUAAAGGGAGAUUUGAACAUCAAUGGCAGUGAUGGAAAAGGAGGCAAAUUCAACGUGCCUUCUGUAGACGUGUCUCUCCCAAAAAUGAAGCUGCCUGAGGGAGAGGUGAAGCUAGAAUGCCCUGAACUCCCAAAUGUUGACAUUUCACUUCCCAAGGCAAACGUGGAGGGCGACAUGGAGCUCAAGGGCAGUGGUGGUAGCGGAGCCAAGUUCAAGAUGCCCACGUUUGACAUCUCACUCCCAAAGAUGAAAUCCAAAGAGGGAGGGGUUGAUAUUGAAGGACCUGAAGUUAAAGGGGCAAUUGACACACCUACAGUUGAUAUCUCUCUUCCAAAAGGAAAAGCUGAGGGUAAGAUAGAUAUUGAAGGACCCUCAGCAAAAGGAGGCAAGUUUAAGAUGCCUACAUUUGAUGUAUCCCUACCAAAGAUGAAGAUGCCUGAGGGAAAUAUUGGCCUUGAGGGACCCUCAGUUGAUAUCUCUCCUCCAAAGGGGAAAAUAGAGGGUGGCAUAGAGGGUAAAAGUAAAGGAGGACAUUUUCAUAUGCCCUCAAUUAAUGUUUCCCUCCCCAAAAUAAAAUCAAAGCGAGGUGACAUGAACAUUGAGGGACCAGAAAUCAAAGGUGGAAAAGCACAGGGAGAUAUUGAUAUUGACAUCCACUCUGGAAAAGAUGGAAAAUUCAAAGGUGACAUUAAUAUUGAAGGUGCUGAAGGGGAAAUAGGUAAAUUCAAAAUGCCAAAAUUUGAUAUUUCACUUCCAAAGAUGAACCUGCCAGAGGGUGAUGUCAAAGUGGAAGGACCAGAGAUGAAAGGAAAAAUGGAAAUGCCAACUGUUGAUAUUUCACUUCCAAAAGGAAAAAUAGAGGGAGAAGUUGGGGGCAAAGGAGGCAAGUUUCCAAUGCCUUCACUUGAUAUAACUCUCCCUAAAAUAAAAGCUAAGGAAGUUGAUGUUGACAUUGAGGGACCUGAAGUUCAAGGAGGAGGAUUCAGUAUGCCGUCACUUGAUGUUUCUGUGCCUAAAAUCAAAUCUCCUGAAGUAGAUGUCAGCCUUGAGGGUCCUGAUGUUAAAGGUGGACAUUUACACAUGCCAACUGUUGACAUUUCACUCCCAAAAGCAAAAGGUGAGGUUGGAAUAAAUGUUGAAGGUCCUGAGGGGAAAGAGGGAAAGAUAAAAAUGCCAAAAUUUGACCUUUCGUUACCAAAGGUAAAUUUUCCAGAGGGCGAUGUCAAAGUAAAAGGGCCUGAGAUAAAGAGCAGGAAGAUUGAGAUGCCAGACAUUGAUAUUUCACUGCCUAAAGGAAAGGCAGGAGGGAAAAUUGAAGUUGAAGGGCAUGGUGCAAAAGGAGGCAAGUUCCAUAUGCCCUCAUUUGAUAUCUCGCUUCCUAAAAUGAAAGCUAAGGGAGCUGAUGUCAAUAUUGAAGGUCCUGAACUUAAGGGAGGAAAAAUCGACAUGCCAGACAUUGACGUUUCCCUCCCCAAAGGAAAGGCUGAGGCUGACCUCAAUAUUGAGGGUCCUGAGGUAAAGGGAGGUAAAUUCAAAAUGCCAAAAUUUGAUGUUUCACUUCCAAAGAUACACCUGCCGGAGGGUAAUGUCAAAGUGGAAGGACCAGAGAUUGAAGGAAAAAUGGACAAGCCAACUAUUGAUGUUUCACUCCCAGAAGGAAAAGUAAAGGGAGAUGUUGACAUUGAGGGACAUGUGGCUAAAGGAGGCAAGUUUCACUUGCCCUCAGUUGAUAUAUCUCUUCCUAAAAUAAAAGCAAAGGGGGCUGAUGUUGAUAUUGAAGGACCUGAACUUAAAGGUGUCAUUUCACUUCCAGAGGGAAAAGUUGAGGGUGACUUAAAUGUCAAGGGUCAUGGAGGUAAAGGAGGGAAAUUCAAAAUGCCAAAAUUUGAUGUUUCAUUGCCAAAAGUGAAUCUCCCAGAGGGGGGUGUCAAAAUAAAAGGCCCAGAUAUCAAAGGAGGGAAGAUUGAAAAGCCAGAUAUGGAUAUUUCACUACCCAAAGGAAAAGCAGAGGGAGACAUUGAAAUUGAAGGACAUGCUGGCAAAGGAGGCAAGUUCCAUAUGCCCUCUUUUGAUAUCUCUCUUCCUAAAAUGAAAGCAAAGGGGGCUGAUGUUGAUAUUGAAGGACCUGAACUGAAAGGUGGCAUUUCACUUCCAGAGGGAAAAGUUGAGGGUGACUUAAAUGUCCAAGUUCCUGAGGGUAAAGGAGGGAAAUUCAAAAUGCCAAAAUUUGAUGUUUCAUUGCCAAAGGUGCAUCUCCCAGAGGGAGAUGUCAAAAUAAAAGGCCCAGAUAUCAAAGGAGGGAAGAUUGACAUGCCAGAUGUGGAUAUUUCAUUACCCAAAGGAAAAGCAGAGGGAGAAAUUGAAAUUGAAGGACAUGCUGGCAAAGGAGGCAAGUUCCAUAUGCCCUCUUUUGAUAUUUCUCUUCCUAAAAUGAAAGCUAAGGGACCAGAGAUAAAUAUUGAAGGUCCUGAAGUUAAAGGUGGAAAGCUUAACAUGCCAUCACUUGAUGUUUCUCUUCCAAAAGUCAAAUCUCCAGAGGUAGAUGUCAGCCUUGAGGGUCCUGAUGUAAAAGGUGGAAAGAUCGACAUCCCAACUGUUGACAUUUCACUUCCCAAAGGAAGCGUUGAGGGGGACUUCAAUGUUGAAGGACCUGAGAUGAAAGGGGGGAAAUUCAAAAUGCCCAAAUUUAAUGUUUCUUUACCAAAAGUGAGUCUCCCAAAGAUUGAUGCCAACGUGGAAGCACCAGAUAUGAAAGGCAAAAUUCAAAUGCCCACUGUUGAUAUUUCACUUCCAAAAGGAAAGGCAGAGGUAGAUGUUGACAUUGAUGGGCACGGUGGUGAGGGAGGCAAGCUUCACAUGCCCUCAGUUGAUAUUUCUCUUCCAAAGAUAAAAGCAAAAGGAGUUGAUGUUGAUAUUGAAGGACCUGAAGUCAAAGGUGAUAUGUCACUCCCUAAGAUUAAGUCUCCAGAGGUAGAUGUUAGCAUCAAGGGUCCUGAUGUUAAAGGAGGAAAGUUUAACUUACCAACUGUUGACAUUUCACUCCCCAAAGGAAAAGUUGAGGGUGACCUUGAUGUUGAGGGCCCUGAGGUGAAGGGGGGUCAUUUUAAAAUGCCAAAAUUUGAUGUGUCCUUACCAAAAGUGAGUCUCCCAGAGGGUGAUGUCAAAAUAAAAGGACCAGAGUUCAAGGGCAAGAAGAUUGAGAUGCCAGACAUUGAUAUUUCACUCCCCAAAGGAAAGGCAGGAGGGGAUAUUGAAGUUGAAGGGCAUGGUGGAAAAGGGAGCAAGUUCCAUAUGCCUUCUGUUAAUUUUCGUCUUCCUAAAAUGAAAGCUAAAGGACCAGAGGUCAACAUAGAAGGUCCUGAACUUAAGGGAGGAAAAAUCAAUGUGCCAGACACUGACAUUUCACUCCCCAAAGGAAAGGCUGAAGCUGACAUCAAUAUUGAGGGUCCUGAGGUAAAAGGAGGCAAAUUCAAAAUGCCGAAAUUUGAUGUUUCACUUCCAAAGAUACACCUGCCAGAGGGUAAUGUCAAAGUGGAAGGACCAGAGAUUGAAGGAAAAAUUGACAAGCCAGCUAUUGAUAUUUCACUCCCAAAAGGAAAAGUAAAGGGAGAUGUUGACAUUGAGGGACAUGUGGCUAAAGGAGGCAAGUUUCACUUGCCCUCAGUUGAUAUUUCUCUUCCUAAAAUAAAAGCAAAGGGGGCUGAUAUUGAUAUUGAAGGACCUGAACUUAAAGGUGGCAUUUCACUUCCAGAGGGAAAAGUUGAGGGUGACUUAAAUGUCCAAGUUCCUGAGGGUAAAGGAGGGAAAUUCAAAAUGCCAACAUUUGAUGUUUCAUUGCCAAAAGUGAGUCUCCCAGAGGGUGAUGUCAAAAUAAAAGGCCCAGACAUCAAAGGAGGGAAGAUUGAAAUGCCAGAUAUAGAUAUUUCACUACCCAAAGGAAAAGCAGAGGGAGACAUUGAAAUUGAAGGACAUGCUGGCAAAGGAGGCAAGUUCCAUAUGCCCUCUUUUGAUAUCUCUCUUCCUAAAAUAAAAGCAAAGGGGGCUGAUGUUGAUAUUGAAGGACCUGAACUUAAAGGUGGCAUUUCACUUCCAGAGGGAAAAGUUGAGGGUGACUUCAAUGUCCAAGUUCCUGAGGGUAAAGGAGGGAAAUUCAAAAUGCCAAAAUUUGAUGUUUCAUUGCCGAAGGUGCAUCUCCCAGAGGGGGAUGUCAAAAUAAAAGGCCCAGAUAUCAAAGGAGGGAAGAUUGAAAUGCCAGAUAUAGAUAUUUCACUACCCAAAGGAAAAGCAGAGGGAGAAAUUGAAAUUGAAGGACAUGCUGGCAAAGGAGGCAAGUUCCAUAUGCCCUCUUUUGAUAUAUCUCUUCCUAAAAUGAAAGCAAAGGGGGCUGAUGUUGAUAUUGAAGGACCUGAACUGAAAGGUGGCAUUUCACUUCCAGAGGGAAAAGUUGAGGGUGACUUAAAUGUCCAAGUUCCUGAGGGUAAAGGAGGGAAAUUCAAAAUGCCAAAAUUUGAUGUUUCAUUGCCAAAGGUGCAUCUCCCAGAGGGGGGUGUCAAAAUAAAAGGACCAGACAUCAAAGGAGGGAAGACUGACAUGCCAGAUGUGGAUAUUUCAUUACCCAAAGGAAAAGCAGAGGGAGAAAUUGAAAUUGAAGGACAUGCUGGCAAAGGAGGCAAGUUCCAUAUGCCCUCUUUUGAUAUCUCUCUUCCUAAAAUGAAAGCUAAGGGACCAGAGAUAAAUAUUGAAGGUCCUGAAGUUAAAGGUGGAAAGCUUAACAUGCCAUCACUUGAUGUUUCUCUUCCAAAAAUCAAAUCUCCAGAGGUAGAUGUCAGCCUUGAGGGUCCUGAUGUAAAAGGUGGAAAGAUCGACAUCCCAACUGUUGACAUUUCACUUCCCAAAGGAAGCGUUGAGGGGGACUUCAAUGUUGAAGGACCUGAGAUGAAAGGGGGGAAAUUCAAAAUGCCCAAAUUUAAUGUUUCUUUACCAAAAGUGAGUCUCCCAAAGAUUGAUGCCAACGUGGAAGCACCAGAUAUGAAAGGCAAAAUUCAAAUGCCCACUGUUGAUAUUUCACUUCCAAAAGGAAAGGCAGAGGUAGAUGUUGACAUUGAUGGGCACGGUGGUGAGGGAGGCAAGCUUCACAUGCCCUCAGUUGAUAUUUCUCUUCCAAAGAUAAAAGCAAAAGGAGUUGAUGUUGAUAUUGAAGGACCUGAAGUCAAAGGUGAUAUGUCAUUACCAAAAGUUCACUUACCAACUGCUGACAUUUCACUCCCCAAAGGAAAAGUUGAGGGUGGCCUUGAUGUUGAGGGCCCUGAGGUGAAGGGGGGUAAGUUUAAAAUGCCAAAGUUUGAUGUGUCUUUACCAAAAGUGAGUCUCCCGGAGGGUGAUGUCAAAAUAAAAGGACCAGAUAUCAAAGGAGGGAAGAUUGAGAUGCCAGACAUUGAUAUUUCACUCCCCAAGGGAAAAGUAGGAGGGGAAAUUGAAGGGCAUGGUGGAAAAGGAGGCAAGUUCCAUAUGCCCUCUCUUGAUAUCUCUCUUCCUAAAAUGAAAAUGAAAGGUCCAGAGGUCAACAUAGACAGUCCUGAACUUAAGGGAGGAAAAAUAAACUUGCCAAGUACUGAUAUUUCACUACCUGAAGGAAAGGCAAAAGCCGACCUCAAUAUUGAGGGUCCUGAGGUGAAAGGAGGCAAAUUCAAAAUGCCCAAAUUCGAUGUUUCACUUCCAAAGAUAAAUCUGCCAGAGGGUAAUGUGAAAGUGGAAGGACCGGACAUGAAGGGAGGAAAGAUUGCAAUGCCAGCCGUUGAUAUUUCAGUUCCAGUAGGAAAAGUGGAGGGAGAUAUCGAUAUUGAAGGACCAUCUGCAAAGGGAAAGGUUGAAGUGCCAAAAGUUGAUCUGUCUGGUAAAAAGGGUAGUGGGCUCCACAUGCCAACUAUUGACAUAAAUUUACCCAAAUUUGAUCUUGACCUCAGCCUCCCCUCUGGUGUGAAAGACAAAAGCCUCAAAGUGGACGCCAGUGUUCCUGAUGCAUCAACAGAUGUGGAGUUGUCUGGUCUCAAAGGAAACAUUAAACCAGCCAAGUUGAAAGUUAAGGGUGUGGAUAUCGAGACAGGUGGUGUAGAAGAUCCAGGUGCAUCCCUCAAACUUCCAACUGUCAAACUACCAUCAGUUGACAUCUCUGCUCCGAAGGUGGAUCUAGACUUUGGUCGCGCCAAACCUAAGGGUGAUGAUGUUGAAGUGGAGCUUCUGAAAGCAGAGGGAGGCAGGCCUUCUUCAGGGGGCAGCUUUGAUCUGCCGAAUGUCUCCCUUAAAGUCCCCAGUUUCUCUCUUCCCAGGUUUGGUGGAAAGUCUAAGAGCGGUGAUUUGGCACUAUCAGGAGAAGGCCCCAAGGGUGACAUUUCCCUCAGCCCACCACAUGUGGAAGGAGAAAUUAGGGCACCAUCAGUAGAGUUUGAUGGGGAUGGAAAAGUCAAGGUGAAAAAAUCGAAAAUCAAAAUGCCCUCAUUCGGAUUAUCCAAAAAGGAUGCAGGUGUGUCCGUGUCUUCUCCUGAUGUGGAUGUUAAAAUGAAAAAGGGGAAAAUUGACAUUCCUAAACCAGACAUCAAUGUUGAGGGCCCAGAUGAUAAAUCAAAAUACAAACUAAAAUUCCCCAAGUUCUCCAUCCCAGGAUUUGGCUCUAAAGAAAGAGAUUUAGGAAAGCCAAGCGGUGACUUUGAAGCUAAGGCCAAGGUCAAGAUGCCUUCUGUUGAGCUGUCUCUACCAGCAGCUAAAACACCAGAAACUGAAGUUCUUCUCCCCAAAGCAGAAGUGGAUGUCUCAGAGGCUGAUCUCAGAGGUUAUGAGGGAAACCUCAAAAUUCCCAAAAUGCCAACAAUUGACGUUUCCAUCCCUAAAAUAGACCUGGACGUGUCCUUGCCUAAAGUAAAGCAUGAUGCAAAGACUGAGAAAGGAGGCAAAUUCAGCAUGCCACAUGUCAAGAUGCCCAAUAUUGACUUGUCCCUUCCUAAAGGAAAAACAGGCGACAUUGAAGGAGGUCACAUUGAAGUUGACACUGAAGGAGGGAAGUUCAAAAUGCCUCAAAUCAGUAUGCCCGAUGUAGAUGUAUCCCUGCCAAAAGGAAAAUUUCCAAAGAUUGAAGGACCAGAAGUGGAACUAAAGGGAGGUGAAGGAGAAUUCAAAAUGCCUCACAUUACAAUGCCAUCAAUAGAUGUGUCCCUUCCCAAAGGGAAAUCUGGAGAUCUUGCAACACCAGAUGUUGAAAUACAUGGUGAUGGAGGUGGAAAGUUUAAGAUGCCUCAUGUCAAAAUGCCUAAUAUUGACAUAUCUCUGCCUAAAGGAAAGACUGGUAAAUUAGAGGGACCAGAUGUUGAAAUAGAAGGAGGUACAGGAGGAAAGUUCAAAAUGCCUCACAUGAAAAUGCCCAACAUCAACCUAUCUCUUCCUAAAGCAAAAGUCGAAGGUGCUGAGAUAGAGACACCUGAAAUAGAAAUGGAAGGACAAGGAGGAGGAAAAUUCAAAAUGCCUCACAUGAAAAUGCCACAUCUUGACAUCUCUCUACCCAAAGGAAAGGUUGAGGGCCCAGAGGUGGAGAUCAAAGGAGAAGGUGGGAAAUUCAAGAUGCCACAUGUCAGUAUGCCCUCAGUUGACGUUUCACUGCCCAAAGGAAAGGUUGAAGGUCCAGAUGUUGAGAUUGAGGGAGAUGCAGGAGGAAAAUUCAAAAUGCCUCACAUGAAAAUGCCACAUUUUGACAUCUCUCUACCCAAAGGAAAGAUUGAGGGCCCAGAGGUGGAGAUCAAAGGAGAAGGUGGGAAAUUCAAGACGCCACAUGUCAGUAUGCCCUCAGUUGACGUUUCACUGCCCAAAGGAAAGGUUGAAGGUCCAGAUGUUGAGAUAGAGGGAGGUACAGGAGGAGAGUUCAAAAUGCCCCAUUGGAAAAUGCCAGAUGCUGAUAUAUCUCUGCCCAAAGGAAAGAUUGAAGGCCCAGAAGUUGAGAUGGAGGGAGGUACAGGGGGAAAGUUCAAAAUGCCUCAUGUGAAAAUGCCAGAUUUUGGUAUCUCUCUGCCCAAAGGAAAAAUACAAGGUCCAGAAGUUGAAAUGGAGGGAGGUACAGGAGGGAAGUUCAAAAUGCCUCACAUGAAAAUGCCCAACAUCAACUUAUCUCUUCCUAAAGCAAAAGUUGAAGGUGCUGAAAUAGAGACACCUGAAAUAGAAAUGGAGGGCCAAGGAGAAGGAAAAUUCAAAAUGCCUCACAUGAAAAUGCCACAUGUCAGCAUGCCCUCAGUUGAUAUUUCAAUGCCCAAAGGAAAGGUUGAAGGUCCAGAUGUUGAGAUAGAGGGAGGUACAGGAGGAAAAUUCAAAAUGCCUCACAUGAAAAUGCCACAUUUUGACAUCUCUCUACCCAAAGGAAAGAUUGAGGGCCCAGAGGUUGAGAUCAAAGGGGAAGGUGGGAAAUUCAAGACGCCACAUGUCAGUAUGCCCUCAGUUGACGUUUCACUGCCCAAAGGAAAGGUUGAAGGUCCAGAUGUUGAGAUAGAGGGAGGUACAGGAGGAAAAUUCAAAAUGCCUCACAUGAAAAUGCCACAUCUUGACAUCUCUCUACCCAAAGGAAAAGUACAAGGUCCAGAAGUUGAAAUGGAGGGAGGUACAGGAGGAAAGUUCAAAAUGCCUCACAUGAAAAUGCCACAUGUUGACAUCUCUCUACCCAAAGGAAAGAUUGAGGGCCCAGAGGUUGAGAUCAAAGGGGAAGGUGGGAAAUUCAAGACGCCACAUGUCAGUAUGCCCUCAGUUGACGUUUCACUGCCCAAAGGAAAGGUUGAAGGUCCAGAUGUUGAGAUAGAGGGAGGUACAGGAGGAAAUUUCGAAAUGCCUCACAUGAAAAUGCCACAUCUUGACAUCUCUCUACCCAAAGGAAAAGUACAAGGUCCAGAAGUUGAAAUGGAGGGAGGUACAGGAGGAAAGUUCAAAAUGCCUCACAUGAAAAUGCCACAUGUUGACAUCUCUCUACCCAAAGGAAAGAUUGAGGGCCCAGAGGUUGAGAUCAAAGGGGAAGGUGGGAAAUUCAAGACGCCACAUGUCAGUAUGCCCUCAGUUGACGUUUCACUGCCCAAAGGAAAGGUUGAAGGUCCAGAUGUUGAGAUAGAGGGAGGUACAGGAGGAAAAUUCAAAAUGCCUCACAUGAAAAUGCCACAUCUUGACAUCUCUCUACCCAAAGGAAAAGUACAAGGUCCAGAAGUUGAAAUAGAGGGAGGUACAGGAGGAGAGUUCAAAAUGCCCCAUUGGAAAAUGCCAGAUAUUGAUAUAUCCCUGCCCAAAGGAAAAAUUGAAGGUCCAGAUGUUGAAAUGAAGGGAGAUGGAGGGGGAAAAUUCAAAAUGCCUCAUAUGAAAAUGCCAGAUAUUGGCAUGUCUUUGCCUAAAGGAAAGGUUGAAGGUCCAGAGGUGGAGAUUAAAGGGGAAGGUGGGAAAUUUAAAAUGCCACACAUUAGUAUGCCUUCAGUUGAUAUUUCACUGCCUAAAGGAAAAAUUGAAGGCCCAGAAGUUGAGAUGGAAGGAGACGCAGGAGGCAAAUUCAGAAUGCCUCAUGUGAAAAUGCCAAAUGUUGGUAUCACUCUACCCAAAGGAAAAGUACAAGGUCCAGAAGUCGAAAUGGAGGGAGGUACAGGAGGAAAGUUCAAAAUGCCUCACAUGAAAAUGCCACAUGUUGGCAUCUCUCUACCCAAAGGAAAGGUUGAGGGCCCAGAGGUGGAGAUCAAAGGAGAAGGUGGGAAAUUCCAGAUGCCACAUGUCAGCAUGCCCUCAAUUGAUGUUUCUCUGCCCAAAGGAAAGGUUGAAGGUCCAGAUGUUGAGAUAGAGGGAGGUACAGGAGGAAAGUUCAAAAUGCCUCACAUGAAAAUGCCACAUCUUGACAUCUCUCUACCCAAAGGAAAGAUUGAGGGCCCAGAGGUGGAGAUCAAAGGGGAAGGUGGGAAAUUCAAGAUGCCACAUGUCAGUACGCCCUCAGUUGAUAUUUCACUGCCCAAAGGAAAGGUUGAAGGUCCAGAUGUUGAGAUUGAGGGAGAUGCAGGAGGAAAAUUCAAAAUGCCUCAUGUGAAAAUGCCAAAUGUUGGUAUCACUCUACCCAAAGGAAAAGUACAAGGUCCAGAAGUUGAAAUGGAGGGAGGUACAGGAGGAAAGUUCAAAAUGCCUCACAUGAAAAUGCCACAUGUUGACAUCUCUCUACCUAAAGGAAAAUCUGGCACAAUUGAGGGGGCGGAGCUGGAGAUUGAGGGAGAGGGAGGCAAAUUUAAAAUGCCUCACAUGACAAUGCCCUCUGUAAAUAUUUCACUGCCUAAAGGGAAGACUGUAGGUCCUGAAGUUGAAAUUAAGGGUGAGGAAGGAAAGUUCAAGAUGCCUAAUGUUGACAUAUCUCUCCCUAAAGGAAAAAUAAAUAUUGACACACCUGAACAGAAAGUGGAAGCAGAGGGAGGAGCCAUAAAGCUGCCACAUAUCAAGAUGCCAAUGGUUGAUAUUUCACUUCCAAAAGGUAAAAGUAAGGAUAUGGAUAUUGAAGCAGAGAUCAAUUUACCAACCAUUGAGACAGGAGGGAAAAUUAAAGCGCCACAAGUCACAUCACCAGAUGUGGACAUUGAUGUGACACUUGGUAAACCCAAACAAGACACAGAAGCUCAUGGGCAAGCUAAUUUGCAUGUUGAGGGAGAGCACAAAGGUCUGAAACUCAAGAUGCCGACAAUAGAUAUCAAAGGUCCAAAAGGAGACCUAGAGCUUGAUUUAGGACUUCAUAGAGGAGACGGCAAGAAGGACAAGAAAAAAGUUGAACUACCUGACUUGGAUCUCAACUCAACGGGAAAAGUAAAAGGGCCUAAAGUCAAAGGUACAAAAUUCAAGAUUGGAAUGCCAAAAAAGAAAACUGGCAAAGAUUUAACAGCAGAAGUGAAAACAAGCAAAAACGGUGACGAUGACAAUGGUCAAGUUAAAGAAAGAUUUGAGCUUGAAGCUGAAGUUAGCAAACCAGAAAUCUCUGGUCACACAAUCUCAGGCCACAACGGACAUACAGAGGACAAAGUGCCAGUGCCAGGGAUUUCCUUACCAAGUGUUAGUCUGAAAACCAAUCAAGACUCAGCCACCUUAGGAACGGGGGGAGAAGCUGGCAUCUCAUCAUCCACUGUAGAAAUCAAAGUUCCCAGGAUUCCAGACAUAGAGUUUGAUAUUGGUACAUCACAUGAUGAAGAUCAGGACAAAACAGAAAAGGGCAAGAAAGUCAAAAUCCCUAAGUUUGGUGUCCCAUUACCCUCCAUCUCCUCUCCUGAAGGAAGAAUCUAUGGGCCAGAAAUUCGGUAUGAGGGCCCUAAAAUGCCCAAAGUAAAGAAAGCUGUUUUUGUCCUGGUUGAUCCUCCUCAGACAGAUGAACACGCUGCAUGUGCAAGCCUCCAAGAAGAGGAGACAACAGCUAACGCUCAAACAGAGGACGUCAAAGUGAAGAUGCCCAAAAUCCAAAUGAAGCCAAGCUUUGAGAAGUCCAAAGAUAAAUCAGCAGAGAGAGAGGGGGAGGGAGAGGAGAAGUCAAAGGGAGGGAAGAUGAAAAUGCCUAAAGUGUCAUUUUCUCCGGGCAAAUCAGGGUCAUUUGAUGUUACUGCCAAGGCCGAAGGCUCAAGUUCAAGUCUCAACGGUGAAAAAGAUGCAAGUCCUCACAAGGGCUCCAAGGACAAUAAAGGGACAUUCAGUAGUAAAAUCAAACUUCCAAAGGUGGAGUUCACCUCUCCAUAUGGCAAGAUGACUGCAGGGGAGGAGCACACAGAAAUUAGUGCAAAACUGGGAAAAGAUUCAUCACCAGCAGAAGUGAGGGGAGAAGCUAAAGAACUUAAAGUAAAAUCAUCCAAGAUUGCAGGUUUCCAUGAGGAGCUCUCAAAGGAUGUGGUGUCAUCUCACGCCAGAACAGAUAUGCUGGACAGGGACAGCUCAGAGUCCCCCGCUGGUUUUACCAUGGAGUUAAGCUCAGCAAAGGUUCAGACUUGGAGCGAGGUGGAGAGCAAAAGCAGGGAGUGGGAGUCUGAAGAGAGAGAGUCUUCCCCCUGGUUCAAGGUCCCUAAGUUGACCCUGAAGCCACAUUCGACAGGCUUCCUCCAGAUAACCCCCGAGGGUUCUCCUCAGGCCGAGCGGAAGGGGGAGGUUGGAGGCGAGGCCAACGUCUUGGGGUCUUUCUGUCUCCACACCUCAGGAAUCGACUUCACCACCCAGGAAAUGUCCGAAGAGCACCAAGUCUCCUCCACCGAGGAAGGCACAGUCACCAUGGUGACAAAGACCUCCAGAGUCACCCACCAAAUGGUUACCACUGAAACGCGAACAAGUGAAUCUUCGUCAACCACGACAACAACUCACCAGGUGACGGACUUCUGAGAACUUCUGAGGAUGCUGUAACGAUAUCUUAAAUGUCUUUUAAUAAUUUUUUUGUUUUUCUUUGCUGAGGUUGCAGUGUUCUUGUAAGCUAAGCCUGCAACAUGGCAAACCUCUAUUGAGUAAAAGUCUUUAUUUUAUAUUUUAAUAGGUGAGGUAUGAAUGUGAUGAAAAGCAGUGACAUUUCAUCAACCAGCAUUAUUGUCAUUAUUACAGCAGCAGAGUAAUAUAUACUUCCAUUUUUUCAUUUUAAAUGUGACUAUUUUUGUUACUGUUAUUCAAGUUUUGUUAGUUUAGUCCAAAUUAUUUAUCAGAUUUUGUUUGGUUUUAAAGGUUUCACUCUGAAUGUAAACAUGUCAGAUUGCUUCAUAAUUUAUUGUUGUUCAUGUGUUCAAAAUACGCUGGAGUGACUCAUCAUAUUUUCAUAUUGAUCAUCAGCAUCAUUGAUUGUGGUUUUAUAAUAAGUUCAAAAUAGUUCAUUUUGAACCACUACAGUACAGGCCAGAAAAAUAUUUAUGUAAAUACAACUUAUAAUUGCUUUUUUGAAGCAGUAUCCCUUCAGUACAAAAUGUAAUUAUUUUCAUAUUCACCAAAUGUCAGGAGUAGAAAUUAUAUUUUUGGACCUGAUAACCUAUUAUGUUUGUCUUGAGCAAGAAGUGUGAGCUUUUUUGAGAUUAUAGGCUUUUCUCAUUUUCUGCCAUAUAGUUUUAUUAUAUUUUAAGCAAUUAGCUGGUGCUGUUACCCAGAGCUAGUCACAGUGAGUGAGCAGGUAGGGAGUCUUGCUUAAGGACACUCUGGACUCUUUUUCUGCUGUGGGGAUCAAACCUGUGACCUUCCGGUUACAGGUUGCUCUCGAACAUUUAGGUCAACCUGCUGCUAAUGUAAUUUAUUUUUCCUGUACACUGCCAGAAAAAGACUCUACACUACUGUAUAUUUUAUGAUUGGGGUUUUAGCUUCAAGAUCAACCUCCUGACUGACGUUAAUGUUUUGAAACUCAGCUGUGAACUGUGUUGAGUUUCGAAACAUUGGCGUUGAGCUGGGAGGAAAUUUGGGGCUUUAGGAGUGUUGUUGGACGCUAUAGCAAAAUAACUGAGUGGAGUUUUAAAGGUAAAAAUGUGAACCUUUUUAACUUGACCCUGUAACAAUAACUAACCCUCUAUAAACUACUUUACCAUAAGGCUGCUACAAUGACAGUCUGGCUAACGAGUGGCAAGCCUUGAUGUUGUACUAAAGCCAUCAUGUAACACACUAUUUCCUCUAAAGACAGUACAGAGGGGAUCAAGUCAAGAGGACCAAGGCACAUUUUCCUUGUUUUUGAUAAUCUGACAUUGUUCUGUUUAAUAUAUGCAUAUUUUUUAAGAUAUUAUAAGAAACUUUGGAUAUUAAAAAAGAUUAAUGUCAGAUUAGCAGAAGCAUUUUAAGUGCCUUUACCUUUACCCCCAAAUUGCUUUGAAAAGCCUUGUGCUGUCUUUGUCUCUACAUUCAGACAUUUAGGUUUCAUUCCCAAAUGCAGUACUUGCCUUUUCAGAGGAAAAACAUCUACUGUAAUAUUACUGACAUAAAAUUAAAAUACACUACCUAUAGCCAUUUACUUACAAGAUAACAGUUUCACAAGAUCAGAUUUUUCUAAAUAACGAACUGUUUUUUCAAGUAGAUGUAAAGCAUUUGAGAAUGAACACCUGACUUUUUACUUUACUUGGUUGACUUUAGUUUACUUGGUUGGUAGAUGGAAUGAAAAUGUGUGAUGAAAUGCAAUCAAGAAGUCCUAACAUAUCCACUCCCACACGUUUUUCAUUAACAAUUUUUAACACUAAUGCCUGUGUUGCAGGUGAAAAAUAGAUUUUCAAAAAGCUGGAACAAGAGUAGUGACAUGUCAAGGUAACACGCACUGAGUAGUAUCUAUGUGUAUAGAGAUUUUUACCUUUCUGGUUUAAUCGAGUCUUUGAUUUUUGUUUCUUUUAGACUAUAAGGGUUUCAGUGCCAAGUAUUUGUCAAAGCUGCAUUGGAGAGACUGUUGGUUAAGAUGUUACAUCAAUAAAAAUAAUAUUCAC